AUGUUAACGAUAACUACACAUAGGGGUUUAUUUGCGUUUUGUAGGCUACCUAAAGUUUCGGCGCCAAUUUUUCAAAGGACUAUGACGGCGUUAUUUCAGGGAAUAAAAGGAGUAAUGUAUUAUUUAGAUGAUGUUCUGAUAUCGGGUAAUACAGAAGAAGAGCACAAUACUAGAUUGGUUAAAGUGUUAGAUAUAAUAUUGGAAAAUGGUUUAAGAGCCAAUAUGAAUAAAAGUGUUUUUGGAGUAAAAGAAAUUAAGUAUUUAGGACAUAUUAUUAAGGGUAAUGAAAUUACGCCAAUUGCAAAGAAUAUUGAUAAGAUAAUGAAUAUGAGAGCACCGAUUAAUAAAACGGAAGUACAGGCGUUUUUAGGAGCAACAAAUUAUUAUCAUCGUUUUGUUCAAAAUUAUGCAGAAAUUGCCACUCCGUUGUAUGAUUUAUUAAAGAGAAAUAAAAAGUUUGAAUGGGGAGAAGCACAGGAGAAAAGUUUCGAAAGAUUGAAAAUAAAAAUGGUAGAGAAACCUAUAUUAAAUUGUUUAAAUGAGAAUUUAGAUAUUAUAUUAGCAGUUGAUGCGUCCAAUGAAGGUAUAGGAGGAGUAUACAGAUGA